AUGGAGAGAUUGAGCACCAUUAUCUUCAUCCCAAUCUUUAGUAGAGUUCGUUACCUUCUGCAGGUUGGCGUGGGACGCAUCUUGUUCCUCUCGGUGUUCCUAGCAUGGACCACGAGCAGUCUUUGUCAAACGCAGCCUAGCGAGUCUGGGGGUUCGGAUGCACCGGAGCACAAAGGCUCCUGCUGCAGUGUUUGCAAUCAGGGCGUGGUUAUCGGUGCAGCAGGCGUGCCGGGAGUACCAGGCCAGCAUGGUGUCCAGGGACCCAGAGGUGACCCCGGCAUUGGCCUUCCCGGACCCAGGGGGAGCAUCGGGGACCAGGGACAGAAAGGAGAUCAGGGCGAGGCUGGAGUCCAGGGACCGCCGGGGAAGUUGGGACCAGCAGGGCCCGGCGGUGAGAAGGGACAAAAAGGGGAACCGGGAGAAAGCAUGACCGAAUGCGUGACGCCAACACCGCCCUCCGUCGUCGCCUUCAGCGCAUUCAAGACGGCACACUUUCAAGGAAAUGACGGUGACGUCAUCAUCUUUGAGGACGUCGCGACUAACCUCGGAGACGGGUACGAUUCGCAAUCGGGCGUGUUCACCUGUGCCGUCCCAGGUCUGUAUCUUUUCUCGGCCAACCUCUUGAGUUUGGUCACGGGCCCGCAAUCAUAUGCGAGCUUGAAACAGAACGGGGUGGUCGUGUUUUCGAUUGCCGAUAGCCAUUCGCCUAACCACCACCAAUCUAGCCAUUCCGUCCCCCUCGUUCUGAGUGCAGGUGACAGGGUUUGGCUCGCAUUGUUUGGUAGUGGUAAAGGUAUCUAUGGGGAUGGGAACCGGUAUUGUUCAUUGUCUGGUAUUUUAAUUCAGGCAAUGUAACAAGGCAUAAUGAAUCGAUACUACAAAGUGAGAUCGAAGUACCAUGGUCAUUGUUUUGCAGCGUAAUUGGUUGCGUAAUUGAAUAGCAACAUUAUUAUGGCAUCAUUGAAAUAAUCAUUGGCAGAAUAUGAAGAUUUCAAAACGUCUACCAAAAACAUCGAUCUCUUGCUUCUAUAUAAUUAUGCAGCGAGUGGUUCCAAUUUCACCGAUAUAAAGUUUGUUGUUUGUGUUACUUUACGUUUCAGAGUGUGUUCUGGAUUUUUCUGUAAAUAUCUUAUACAUUGAACAAGCACCGUGACGAAAGUUAUCUGGUAUUAUUAUGAUGAAUGUCCGAUGUGGAUUAUGCUAUACGUAGAGUGUUAUAAAACAACACUAAGAUGAGCGUGUAACUUUAGUCGACAACUUAUACUGAAAAAAAAUCUUUCAAGUCACUGUCACUUGAGGAUUUACUAAAUCGGUUUGCUUUUGUCUUAAAUAUUACCUGACGAAAAGCUUGUCCUUUCUUGGUUAAGUUUCAAAUAUUAUGGUAUUUAUAAGUGUUCUGUAAACGACAAAAAAUGGUGGACAAAGUCAGCAUGGAGCUCCAUUAUUCUCAGUGACUGAAUAUUAUGAUCUAAACAAACAAGCCAACACAAACAAUCCAUGAAGUUCUAUCAUUGUUUUAUUAAAAAAAAAUUGGACAAAAUCAAAUUUAUGCAUUGCUCACAGACCCGGUUUCAACUAUUGUGUUAACAAAUAAGUUUAUAACGUUCACUAUAAAAUUUGACUAAAUGAAAUUAAAGCGAAUUUCGCGACUCAAUACAGUGAAAGAACAUACCUUUUAAACUUUCAUACUGACAAUGUGGUAUAGCGCCCCCAGCGGUCCCAGUUGCAUUAAUGGUAAAAAAGGAAUCUUUUCUGGGCAUGAAUUGCUGAUGUAUCUUUUUGUCCUUUUGUAUAUUUUAAAAUUUCAAUAUUUACAAUAUAUUGCACAUAACAAAAAAUUGGCGUUUGCCUUCGGUACGAUAUAGAUAAACAUACAGGCGCGGAUCCAGAAGGGGGGGGGGGGUCCAACCCCCUUGCUCUGUCCCAAAAAAGAGUUUUCCAUACAAAUUCCUAAAAAAUAA